UAUGGCUCUCCAUUCUCCCACAUAAUUAAUAUCCCCCUUCACUCUCUCUCACACACACUCACACAUCAACAUGCACACAAUAAUAUAUAUAUAUAUAUAUAUAUAUAUAUUGUCAAUGAAAGAAACUUAUAUAUAAAUCAUCACCAAUAAUAUAGCCUUUACAAUAUCAAACUAACAUUCACACUAUGACAGAUCCUCAAUCAAAUCUUUUUGAUGAAUGGUUCAACUUCAUGCUCCUUAACCCUCAUCAUCACCACUCUUCUUCUUCUUCUUCUCACCAAACCAACAUGUUUGAAAUUCAACCCUCCUCCUCAUCCUCCUCCAUGAAUCCUCCUUCUCCUCCUCUUAGAGAAGCUCUUCCUCUCAUUAACAAACUAAGCCUCAUAAAUCAUCAACAACAAAAUGAACCCUCAAACAUUUUUAAUACUCAAACAAUAGAAGAUGAAUUAGAAGACAAGAGAAUGGAAACACAUGGAUAUAAUCAUGAUGAUGAUGAUGAUGAUGUUGAUGAUGAAAGUGUUACUGUUGCACUACAAAUAGGGCUUCCUAGUAAUUCUUCUUCUGAUCUUGGAUCAAGGAUGGUCUCAUCAAAUUGCAUAGAAAUGGCUGAAAAAGAGGAAGUUAAUAUGAUUUCUGAACAACUACCUUUGGAUAAAUUGAAUAACAAGGGUCAGUAUUGGAUUCCAACACCUUCUCAAAUUCUCAUUGGUCCUACACAAUUCUCAUGUCCUGUGUGCUCUAAAACUUUCAACAGAUACAACAAUCUUCAGAUGCAUAUGUGGGGACAUGGAUCUCAAUACAGAAAGGGGCCAGAUUCUCUAAAAGGAUCACAACCAACAGCAAUGCUAAGGCUACCAUGCUAUUGUUGUGCACCAGGUUGCAAGCACAACAUUGACCAUCCUAGAGCAAAGCCUCUCAAAGAUUUUAGAACUCUUCAAACACAUUAUAAGAGAAAGCAUGGUAUAAAACCUUAUAUGUGUAGAAAAUGUGGCAAAUCAUUUGCAGUGAAAGGUGAUUGGAGAACACAUGAGAAGAAUUGUGGAAAAAUAUGGUAUUGUUUGUGUGGCUCAGAUUUUAAACAUAAAAGGUCUCUUAAAGACCAUAUUAAAGCCUUUGGUUAUGGUCAUGGUGCUUUUGGUAUUGAUUGCUUGCAAGAAGAAGAUGAAGCAGGGUCAGAAAUUGAACAUGAUGGUGGAAGUUCAAUGUGAAGAAUUGGAAAAUAAAAACUAUGGUGAUGAUGAAUUCUUAUCCAGCAUCACCGUACUAUGAAGCAUUGACACAUAAUAAUUUUUAAAAAAUUAAAUAAUUGAAUGUAAUCACAUGUAUCUGUGUUGGACACUCACUAUGUACCAAACAUCGAAUCCACUUUCAAUCUGAGGUGUCUGUGUAGUAUAGCAUAUGUAUUAGUUAAACUGUCUAUAUAAAUGAGUUUCUCUGUUGAUCUGUUUUAUGUGUUUCUUGUUCAUUAUUUAUGAUGUAGAACUUAUCAACUUCAAUUAAUUGUGUA